UGAAUACUUUCCGUACCCACUGUAUAUGCCGAUUGUUCCUCCAAUUAGUUUUCCCAUGUUCAUUGUCAAUGUUUAGGGAUUCCUUCUAAACAAAUACACUUACAAACAACCAGUGUAACAUUCUCCCAACAUAAUAUAAUCUGUGUGAUGUCAGUGACGGUGUUUUCUGUAUAUAUAUUUUUUUUUUUUACAGGGUGUCUAUUCCUUUUCUUAAGAUGCUCAAUCAGAUCCUCGCUAACAGCUGCUUUGAAAUCUUCACCACACAAGAGAAUCAUCCGUUCUGUUUGGACCUUUUGAAUCUUUGCAAAGAGUUCAGGAAGGCCAAAGAUAUUUCCAAGCUGCGCGCCUGUAUAGCUGUCUUGUGUGGGCUGAUCCAGUUCCAGGGUGACGUGAGGAAGAAAGUAUUGUCCCAGCUGCUGAUGCUGCUCUGCCAUUCCUUCCCUGUGAUCAGAAAGACCACGGCCAGCCAGAUGUACGAGAUGCUUCUGACCUACGAUGAUGUCAUAGAGCUGGAAGUGUUGGAUGACGUCAUGACCCUGCUGAGUGAUACUAAUUGGGAGGGCGACCUUUCCACAGUACGGACUCAGAGGAAUCAGCUCUGUGAUUGGUUGGGAGUCCCCAGGCCACAGGCGGUUACCAAGCAGGUUUCCUGAUCACCUGUGGCUGUAAGUCGUGUAUGUGGACCACAAGCUGUAAGAAUGAAGAAGGAUCUCUUUUAAAGCCGCGCUGUGUCAUCGGUCUGUACAUCUGACAACAUACAACACAUAGAAUGAAUCACAAUCGGACAGUUUACAUAACACUAGAUGUGAUGAAAACAUCCGCUAUCGUUACUACCAAGUUCUUGCAUGUGCACAGAUCUAAAGCUCUUGACUGUGAUCAACUAAUACAAUCCAGCACACUGUCACAUUCACGUGUACUCGCUUACUUUGCCAACAAUGCUUCGGCCCUUUAGGCUCCUUGCCUGAAGGAGGUCUAAACAUUCAUAUUAUUAAAGUGAGUGAAAAUAAUCAACA